UGAAGGCAGCACCCCCGUUUAGUCAGUCAGCAGCAGAUAGUCGCAGCCAGUGUGGCAGCUGGGAAUGUGAGGGUUUCGACACAGACCGCUAUUUUCGGGACUGGAAUCCGUUGCUGGACUGGCCAGGAAGAUACUUUAUCCGCGGCUCCGCAGUAGCCAGCGCGCCGGCUUGAUUUGAAAUCCAAACGGGCGACCUGCGUUUUACUGCCAGGGGAGUCGGUGCUCUCGGUGCGCGCGGACAGCCGUUGGUGGCUCACUGCGGGGCUGCAUGCUAGAGGGGAAACCAGCCGGAGCACCGCGUCUUUCCCCCCGGUUUGUGUAGCCUAACACCUUCCCUCCUGUCUGGUGUUACAAUGCAACGACUCGUUUAGUCAGCGUAAUCUGUAUGUGUGCGAAACGCUCGGUUAAAUGUGUCUGUUUCACCGCUACCAAGCCACUCACACCAACGACGAUGGACUGAAAUCCGCGGCGGGGGCGAGCGACACACAACCUGCCGCGAUUUCCUGCGUGUAAAUAAAUAAAUGAUAGAGGAUACAAUGACCCUACUGUCUUUAUUAGGUCGGAUCAUGCGUUAUUUUCUGCUCAGACCGGAGACCCUGUUCCUGCUGUGCAUCAGCCUGGCUCUGUGGAGUUACUUCUUCCACACGGACGAAGUGAAGACCAUCGUCAAGUCCAGCCGGGAUGCGGUCAAGAUGGUCAAGGGGAAAGUGGCGGAGAUGAUGCAGAACGAGCGGUUCGGAGGGCUGGACGUCCUGGACGCCGAGUUCUCCAAGACCUGGGAGUUCAAGAGCAACAAUGUGGCCGUGUACUCCAUCCAAGGCCGGCGAGACCACAUGGAGGACAGGUUCGAGGUGCUCACCGACAUCGUCAACAAGAGUCACCCGUCUAUAUUUGGGAUUUUUGAUGGCCAUGGAGGAGAGGCUGCUGCUGACUUUGCCAAGGCCCACCUGCCUGAGGCGCUCCGCCAGCAGCUACUGACUUACGAACGGGAGAGAGAACGAGACAGAGAAAAAGACAAGGAGAAAGAUGAAAAAAAGGAGAGGGGCGGCCUAUCCUAUCCUUCCAUCCUGGAGCAGCAGAUCCUGAAUUUGGACAGAGAAAUGCUGGACAAGCUUUCUGCCACUUACAAUGAAGCAGGUACUACGUGUCUGGUGGCCUUGCUGUCUGAUAAGGAGUUGACGGUGGCCAACGUAGGAGACUCACGUGGAGUUCUUUGCGAUAAAGACGGCAACGCCAUUCCUCUGUCACACGACCACAAACCUUACCAGCUGAAAGAACGCAAGAGGAUCAAGAAGGCUGGUGGCUUCAUCAGCUUCAAUGGCUCGUGGCGUGUCCAGGGCAUCUUGGCCAUGUCUCGUUCCCUGGGCGAUUACCCUCUGAAGAACCUCAAUGUGGUCAUUCCCGAUCCUGACAUCAUGUCGUUUGACCUGAACAAGCUGCAGCCGGAGUUCAUGAUCUUGGCGUCAGACGGCCUGUGGGACACCUUCAGCAAUGAGGAGGCGGUACGCUUCAUCAGGGAACGAUUGGGUGAGCCUCAUUUUGGCGCCAAGAGCAUUGUCCUCCAGUCCUUCUAUCGUGGCUGCCCCGACAACAUCACCGUCAUGGUGGUCAAAUUUAAAGGCAAGUCCAGCGAAUAGUAGACCACCCAUCUACAACACAGUAUAUGUUUGGAUAUAAAUAAGAAUAAAAUAGGCUUAAGAUGAAAGAUUUAAAAACUGAGCCCGCAACUUUUUGAGCGAGAACUAUUUCUAUCACAGUUAUUUACAUAAGUAAGUCAUCAAACCAUGCCACGUCCCCACUCCGUUACUUUUACUGCUAAAAAAGUGACACCUCAAAGAAAAUGUCUUUUUAUUUAGGGUUAGCCAUUAUUGCUCCAACAACAUAAUGCAAUGCUGGGUCACUGUUAUGCAAAUAAAUAGAUUUAGCUUUGUGCAGCUUUGGGUACGCCCACGUGUCUGCACACGUGUGUGUGUGUGUGUGUGUGUGUGUGUGUGAGUGUGAGUGGUUGAGAGGAGAAACAGUGAUGAAUGUCACAUUAACAACCAAUAUUAAGAGAUUUAAAAUAUUCAAGCUAGCAUGGAGUUUUACGUCCACAUUUUUUCACUUUAUGUCUAUUUGACCACUAAUUUUUAUAUUUUUAGUUUCAUAACUGUGUUUCCACAUCAUUUAAUUCUACUGACCGAGUGACUGCACUGAAAGGUUUUGUUUUUUUCUUCCUGGGUCAAAUACACGUCACUGGUGCAAAUAUGAAUUUAUUCCCUUUAUACAUGAUCAGCACAAAUGAUAAUGUGCACACGCUUGUUCAAAUAUCACCAUCCAUAUUGUACAGCAAUAGAACCAGUCACAACGGUCACACCACAGUUGCUGAACGUGGGGAUUCUUGAUGUAAGAAUGAAGUGUUUUGUUUUAUAAGUUUAGAUGUUGGAUUUCUUAGUUCACUUUAAAUGAUUGCUGUUAGUUUCUGUGCUGAUAGAGGUUCAUUUCAGUUUUGAUUGACAAUAUACUUUAAGAUUUUUUUGAGCCGAGACUUUAAUUUGAUCCCCAUCUUUUUAGAACCCAUGUAACUACUGAUAAUGUGAUAACUGUUUGAUAAUGCAGUAGAUUGUCUAACCAAAUCUCACUUUAAAUGGGUUUCAUGGGGACAAUGUUGUACCAUCUCAUUGUGACUGGGGUUGGAAAUCACAAAAGGCCCCACAAUGCGAUAUUAUCACAAUGCUUCAGUCACAAGACAAUAUUAUACAAUAUUAAACAUGUUGCAAUAUCAGUAACAUAUAUUGUGGUUUAUUACAUAUUUUCAAUUGCAAAUUAUGUCACCAAAGGAAAACUUUGUCAACAUCUGUUUUUAUCUAAUAAGAUCAAGAUUUCAGUCUUUUUAACUCACUUAAAAAAUAUUUUGGGGAUAUAUUGCAAUAUAUUGCGGCAAAAUGUUUCUAGUGGACUAAAAAAAAUAUUGAUUGUGUUAUUCUAGUGGGCUACCAAAAGUUUAAUUUGUAUUUGUAAUAUUGAUAAUCUUAUAAUUAAAAAAAUAAAAUCAAUACCUGGGGCGUGUUCAUCAAUAUGAAAU